AUAUCCAAGACUAAUCUUUACUCUAAUACUCUCUCAACCAACAGUGACCAAAAAUGGAUAUUUUUCGAAGUUAUUAUUCGGACUCACUUACUGACUGGUCAUCAACGUCUGAUAAUAGCAGCUCCACUAAUCUUACUGAAUAUUCAUCAGUGAUGUUAGCUUCAAAUAAACCGAAAAAGCGAGCGGGGAGAAAGAAGUUUCAGGAAAUUCAACAUCCAAUAUACAGGGGAGUGAGGAAAAGGAAUUCCGAAAAAUGGGUUUGUGAAGUCAGAGAACCAAAUAAAAAAUCAAGGAUGUGGCUUGGCACUUUUCCAACACUAGAAAUGGCAGCAAGAGCUUAUGACGUGGCAGCUAUAGCAUUGAGGGGUCGUUCUGCUUGCUUGAACUUUCCUAACUCUACUUGUAGGUUGCCUAUUCCGGCUUCCUCUGAGACCAAGGAUAUUCAGAAGGCUGCUGCUCAGGCCGCUGAAGCUUUCCGACCAUCGAAGUCGGAUGCAGUUUCAGGAGAAUCUGCGAAUUCUUCUGAAACGCCAAAGAGUAUGUUCUUUAUGGAUGAGGAAGCGCUCUUUUGUAUUCCGAAUAUUUAUGGCCAAACGCCUAAAAGUAAAAAAAAGUGAAAAAAAAUUCCGGAAAAAAGUGAAUAAUUUUUAUGGCCAAACGGCUACUUAAAUUUGGAUGGACAGAGUAGUGUUUUUUUCAUUUUACCCUUUGUAUUAAUUACAACAUUUAGUUGACCUAGAUAUAUAAUAGAUAUUAAUUGAGGAGACAUAAUAUGGUGAAAUAUUUUAAGAGACUGAUCUAAAAAUCAAAAUGCUACCCUUAUUAAUGCUUUUUUACGGGCCGUGUAAAUGAAAAACAUGACAAAUAUUUUGAGACGGAAGGUAAGUGAUUCAAUGCAUAGAUCUAAUAGGAAAAAAAAUUGGCAAGUGAAAAAACUCUUACUUGUGGCUUGAUAAUUGGAAAGAACCGGUAGCUUUAUACCAAAUAAUUCCCCCUGAUUUCAGAAUGGCCAGAACUGUGAUUUUAAUAAAGAAUAUGGUGAUUGAAGAAGGAUGGGAUUGCAGAUCAUAUUAUCCGAAGUGUUAAGCCUCCAUCAGACAAUGAAGUACAAGAUAAGCCUUUUUAGAAACUAGAAGCAAGAGGAAAAUUUACUGUGGGGACAACAUUCAACCUAGUUAGGUAGAGAAUGCAGACAAAUAUGCUAUACAAGAAA